UCCAACUCCAAACACUCCCUUCUUCUAUAUUAUUUCGCUUUCUUUCAUUUUCCAUCUUUCUCUUACUUUAUUCUAAUUCUUGGUCACCAAAAUAAUACCUGUCAAACCCCUUCAAAUUCAAUAUGAGCUUUGAGGGAUAUUUCUAUUAAAAAAUUAGAAAAGAAAGAUUGUCUGAACCGGAGAAAGAAUGUCACCGCAGGGUGCUUUGCCUGAAGAUGGGAUCCAGUACUCUUUCGCCACGGAAUACGAAGGACCGCCGCUACCAUACAAUAUUCCACGGGCUGUCCCGAUUAACGUCCAGAAAAUACCAGUGGCCGCCGUCGUUAAGCAAGUGUCUCUCUCCGAUAAGUUGGCGCUUCCGGUCGUGCAGCCGAUAGUAUCGGCCGAUAAGUUGAGUAAGAAUUUCUCUAAAGAGCUCAAACCUAAUUCGGUUGUUGAUUCUCGCGAUUGCUGUGUUUCUAAAGAGACUGAACUAAAAUCUGAAACAACUGUGUCUCCCACGUCUGUUAUUGAGAGAGCAACUGAUAAUAUCAACUGCGUAUUGUCCGGUGAGUUGAGUAGCUCGGGCGCGUUAGAGUUUUCAAAUUUUGUGUCUGGUGAUUUAGUUAAUAGUUCAAAUGCGUUUAAUCGAAGUAAUGAAAAUUUGCAUUCUGGAAUCAUUGAAUUUUCUGAUAGUUUUGAGAAAUCAAGGGACUGUUCAGGGAGAUUGGGAAAAUCUAGCUGUGGGAAAGAAAGUUCAGACUCUAAUGACGAAUUUAAUCAGCCUGAUUGGGAGUCAAACGAGUCUGUCUUGAGUAUGGAUUAUCCUUCUUCACGGGUUUCAUCCCUUAAGACUGGAGAUUACUUUAAUAGAAAUAAUAAUGAUGAGGAUCUUCGUUAUAAUGGUGAUGGUAGAAGAGGGCCGGUUGUUACUUUUCGUGAUAUUACUUCUGAUGAUGAGGAUGAGGAUGAUGAUAUUGGUCAAGAAUUUAGUCAGGAUGAACCGAGGAUCCUGCAGAGAGUUAAGAGAGAACCUGAAACAAAAGGGAAGAAAGGCUCGUGUUAUAGGUGUUUUAAGGGGAACCGCUUUACAGAGAAAGAGAUUUGUAUUGUUUGUGAUGCAAAAUAUUGUAGUAACUGUGUGCUUAGGGCAAUGGGGUCAAUGCCGGAAGGAAGGAAGUGUGUUACAUGCAUUGGAUUUCCUAUUGAUGAGGCUAAGCGAGGAAAUUUGGGGAAAUGUUCUAGAAUGCUUAAGCGGUUACUUAAUGAGUUGGAAGUUAGACAAAUAAUGAAGACUGAGAAGUUGUGUGAGGUUAAUCAGUUGCCUCCGGGGUAUGUUUGUGUGAAUGGAAAACCUCUUUGUCAUGAGGAGUUGGUUAUAUUGCAGACGUGUCCAAACCCGCCAAAGAAACUAAAACCUGGAAACUAUUGGUACGAUAAAGUAUCCGGUCUCUGGGGAAAGGAAGGACUGAAACCGUCGAAGAUAAUCAGUCCCCAUCUGAAUGUUGGUGGUCCAAUCAAACCAAAUGCUAGCAAUGGAAACACACAAGUUUUCAUCAAUGGUCGAGAGAUUACAAAAGUAGAAUUAAGGAUGUUGCAGUUGGCAGGAGUUCAAUGUGCUGGAAAUCCACACUUUUGGGUGAACGAGGAUGGAUCAUAUCAAGAGGAGGGACAGAAGAAUACUAAAGGGUAUAUUUGGGGCAAGGCCAGGACAAAGCUUGUUUCUGCUGUCUUGUCUCUGCCUGUUCCUUCGAAAUCUUCAAAUCUUGGUGGAGAACAACUGAGCAGUCAGAUUAGCAGAUCUGUUCCUGAUUAUAUUGAACAGAGAACACUUCAGAAAUUGCUUUUAGUUGGAUAUAAUGGAUCUGGGACAAGUACGAUAUUUAAGCAGGCCAAAAUUCUUUAUAAAGCCGUACCAUUUUUGGAGGAUGAGCGUGAGAAUAUCAAGAUAAAGAUCCAGAGCAAUGUGUAUGGCUAUCUUGGUAUACUUCUUGAAGGUCGCGAGCGUUUCGAGGAUGAAGUUUUGAGUGAAAGGAGGAAGAAACAAUCUUCAGACGAAACCAACCCCAUUGAGAGUUCUGAUGGCAAAACAAUCUAUGCUAUUGGCCCAAGGCUUAAAGCAUUUUCUGAUUGGCUUUUGAAGACUAUGGUGUCGGGCAAUUUGGAAGCCAUUUUUCCAGCUGCUAAUCGUGAAUAUGCACCAUUGGUUGAAGAGCUGUGGAAGGAUGCAGCCAUUCAGGCCACUUACAAACGGAAAAAUGAAUUGGAAAUGCUACCUAGUGUUGCUAGUUAUUUUCUAGAGCGGGUUAUUGAUAUAUUGAGAACAGACUAUGAACCAUCAGAUUUGGAUAUCCUAUAUGCUGAGGGUGUUACUUCAUCGAAUGGGCUUUCUUGUGUGGACUUCUCAUUUCCCUCAGCUUCUGAUGAGAACAGUGAGGGUGUUGAUCAGAAUGAUUCUUUGCUUAGGUACCAACUAAUUAGAGUACAGGCCAGAGGUCUUGGAGAAAACUGCAAGUGGUUAGAGAUGUUUGAAGAUGUUGGAAUGGUCAUUUUCUGUGUAGCCUUGAGCGACUAUGAUCAAUUCUCUGUUGAUGGGAAUGGAUCUCUCACUAACAAGAUGAUACUGAGCAGGAAAUUCUUUGAAAGUAUUGUUACCCAUCCAACCUUCGAUCAGAUGGAGUUCCUUUUGAUAUUAAACAAAUUUGAUCUGUUUGAGGAAAAAAUCGAACGGGUACCUUUGCAUCAGUGUGAUUGGUUUGAUGAUUUUCAUCCGGUCAUCAGCCAUCACCGCAGCAGUAGCAAUAGAAACAGCAUCAAUAAUAACCCCACACCGGGGCAGUUGGCUUUCCACUAUAUUGCUGUUAAGUUCAAGAGGCUUUAUGCGUCUCUCACAGGCAGGAGAUUGUAUGUUUCAAUGGUGAAGGGAUUAGAGCCCAAUAAUGUUGAUGCUACUCUGAAGUAUGCAAGGGAGAUAAUGAAGUGGGAUGAAGAAAGAGCCAACUACAGCCUGAGUGAGUACUCAAUGUAUAGCACUGAGGCAAGCUCCUACUCUCAUUGAUGUUAAACCAGAAAAAGCCUUGUAAAUGGGUUCUAGAUUGUCAAUGUAUAUAUAUAUCACAGCAUGUAAAUGAGCACAAGACGAUUGUUUCAUUCCACAAUCAACAGCUGUAAGAUUAUUGAGACCAGUUUAGGUAUUAUUUGUACUGUCAUGCAGAUAGCGAAUUUAUUGGUGUACGAGCCCCCACGGUGAGAGUGAAACAUUAGAUUUACAUGUCAUGUUUUUGCAGUGAACCAAUUACUUUAACAUUCUGCAUUUAUAUUAUGUUUAUAUUCCGAUGCCAUUGGUUA